CGUAGCGGCGUUCAUAGAAUCCUCCAAGAUCCACUGUCGGAAACUUUGGAAGUGUGUGCAGAUACUAGGCGCUGCAAAAUAAUUGCAAGGAAACUGUGACCAAUUUCAAAAGGGAUCGUAGUCGAUAACAUCUCGACGGAAGAACUGCGCUAUUACGUGGGCAAGAUCAGUUUUGCAAAAAAUGUCACGCUAAAUCACAGCACAGUAACCGAGUGGCGCGGUAAACAGAUGAGAAUGCGUCUGGUUUGACAAUCGCGAUGCAAUCUGUGAUCAUGGAAGAUUUAAAGUUUAAAUUUCUCGGCCUCAUUAAUAAACAGAAUACAACUAAAGUACCAAUUAUGGGCUUGAAUCCUGAUUUGCUUAAUCCAUCUGACUCGCAAAAAUGUGAAGAUUUGCGUUCCGAGGCUGAUCAGUCAACCGAGAGUGAAUCUGUACCACCCGAUCAAGAUAUAUUAGAGUCUAUCGAAGAUGUUUACUUUAAAACUGAUGGCAGUUUUGAUCCAUCGCGCUAUGAAUUAGAAAAAUUGCCAACAAUAUUACAUUCCAAGGAAAUUGAAAAAUGUUAUAAGAAACUUAAGCAACAACAUCAAGUUGUUUCUAAGAAAGUAUUACAACUUAUCUUAGAUAAGCAGAGUGCUUGUAAAGCAGAAUUUGACAAAAUUCUGCAGCUGCAAGAACAAUUGAAAAAUGUCCUAGAAAUAUGUAGAAAGGGAAGAACAGAUCUGCAAUUAGCAAAAACACAAUUUACAACAGCAAGUUUAGGAAUAUUAGCUAAUUAUCAGAGACGACAAGUAGUCAAAGAACUGUUAAAUAAUUUGAAUACUAUAAAAACACUGCAACGUACAGGGGAUCGUUUGCAGGAGCUUCUAAAUGAAGGUAAUUUUCCUGGAGCCAUAUCUCUUCUUUUGGAAUGCCAAAGUGCUGCUCAGACAUACAAACAUUUCCACUGUAUCAAUGCAUUGAGUGGAAAGUUGCAAGAUAUCUUGGAGCAAGCAGAAAGGGCCUUAGACAGUACACUCUUUGAAAUGUGUACUAAAUUCGAUGUCACUGUAUAUUCCUCCAUUCAAGAAGCAUAUGCAUUAUUAGGAAAGACACAAUCUGCCAUAGAUCAAUUGCACAUGCAUUUUAGUGUUGUCAUUCAUAAUACCGCGUUUGCUGUUGUUCACUCUUACGCGGGAGGCGACAUGAAAAGACAAUAUAAACAAUUGUGUCAGGAUGUGCCUCGUGACAAAUAUAUAAUUUGUCUCACGGAGUUGUGCAAAUCAUUAUGGACAAUAUUAAGUUCAUAUUAUCUAGUUGUAAAUUGGCAUAAUACGCAAGAAGAUAAAUCUGACAUUAAGAAUUUAGAGGAAACUUUCAGCAAACAAUAUAUCAAGCAGAAAUUAGAGAAUAGUAUGGUUCGAGUAUGGCACGAUGUAGAAAUGAAGAUAUCUGUAUACUUGACAAAUGCUGAUUUAACAGACAUCAAAUUUGAACAAUUUGUUCAGGUAUUGAGUAUAGUAAAUAGAUUGAUGGAGAUUGGGGAAGAACUCUGCUUCAAAUCGGAGAAUUUGCAGGAGUCUAUAAGAAAACAAUCUUUAUCUUACUUUUGUCAUUACCAUGCAUCUCGUUUGGAUGAAUUAAGAAUAUUUUUGGAAAAUGAUGGUUGGGAAUUAUGUCCUGUGAAAUCUAAUUUUAUGGCUACCCAAUUAUUAGAGUUUCGUAGUUUGAAACCUUCGCUCAAUAACUGCAAAACAUGGAACAGUUUAGAUAGCUCGAAUUUAAGUGACAGCGACAAUUCUUCAGGAAUCGAUUUGCAGAAAUAUUUAGAGGGUGGCUCGUCACCAUUCACAAUAGGAUUGGAUGAUACUAUGGAUGAAGAUAUUUUAAUAAAUGAUGAUGUUAAUCUACCUGCGUAUUUUUCGGAUGAGUCCGAUGAUGAUAUUCCGGAUGAGCUGAAACACGAAUACGUCGAUGAGAUGGAUCAUGCAAGAGUUAAUAAAAGGAAAUGCAAACUUAAACAGUCUGGACCAAUGGUCACAAACACGACAUUAAGCAUAUUGAGAGUGUGCGGCAAAUAUCUACAGAUGUCGAGACUUUUACGAUCUAUUGCGGUCACUGUCAUACAGAGUAUGAUACAGUUUUUCGAGUUAUGCUUCUAUACAGUACAUUUGUUCUUUACAUCAGGUCUUCAAAUCAACAGUGAUUCUUUGUAUAGUCCAAAAUUAAAAUUAUCCUUAACACGAAUCAGAGAGAGUUUGAUUAUUUCUGAGAACGAUGCAACAGAAGAAAAUAGUAAUGGAAAUUGUGAUAAAGUAAGACAACCACAGCUUUCGUCCAUCGUGAAUUUAUCGCAGCCCGAGAAACUUCAUGGAUUAACGGAACGUAUUGUAGCUGUCGAGUCUCUAAUAUUUUUAGGACAACAAUACGAAGGCCUGAAGCCUUAUUUGGAGCAUCUCAUUGUCAAUAGUCCUCAAAGAGGAUUUUUACAUCAAUUUUAUAUGCAAACGAUAGCAUCUACUGCAGAUCUGAGAAAGCCAGUUUAUAUGGCGGUAGCGUCGCAAGCAUUUGAUGUUGCGAACAUCUUGAAUUUAAUGAACAAAGUCAAUUGGGAAGUAACGGACGUCAUGUCUCAACAUAGUAAUUAUAUUGAUGCACUAAUCCAAGAAAUAUGCACCUUGAAUGAAAGACUCAAUGUUAUCGGAACAUACAUUCCUUUAAAUGUGGAUGUUUGUAACGCGGUAUGGGAAAAUGUGGCUCACCUAAUUACACAUACCUUAGUCGAAGGGUUUUCCAAUGCUAAAAAGUGUUCAAAUGGCGGUAGAGCUCUAAUGCAACUUGAUUUCACGCAGCUAAAGUCAAAAUUUGAAAAAAUAACAUCGUUGCGACCUAUGCCACACAGGGAAUACGUUGAAUUGUACAUUAAAGCAUAUUAUCUUCCUGAGAAUAGUUUCGAAGAAUGGAUUAAGGAACAUAAGGAAUAUUCAGUUAAACAUUUAGUCGGAUUGAUUUCGGCGACGUGUCAGAACAAUAAAAAAACUCGUCAACGAUUGAUAGCGCUUGCGGAAGAGCAACGAUCUAAUAGAUAGCAUCCAACGAUUUAUUACAGAUCUGUCCAAGGUUAUAUCGAAAUAGGUAGUAUUUGAAAUAUUUACCAAUGGGAAAGAAACGAUAAUCGCACGUUGUUAAUGUACAGUAAAACGAAUUUUUUUAAAUAUGUUAUGAAAAAUGAUCGGUUUAAACUAUUGUAUCGAAUUAAGAUCUUUGAGUCGCAAUUACGAACCAAGCAAACCAUAUUUUAAUAUAUUUAUGAAGUAUUCUGUAUAUAUGUGAAUCUCUCGCAGUUCUAAGAAAGGCUUUUACAAUAUACUAAUGAUUAACUUUAAUGUAUAUAUGAUAAAUAUUUUAACACAUAUAUAUAUUUUAGAGUCUAAAUAUAAUAAGCCAUGUGAGAAUUGAUAUUAAAAUGCGCAUUCAUAAUAAAACUUCAGCUUAUUUUUAAUAUAUUAAAUAUAUCUCGAAUGCGAAAACACGCGAAGAUUAUACGAGAAUCUCAUAUGAAUCUAGUUUAUAAUUAAACUAGAGUACGAACGUGCAAUUGCGUAAGAACUAAGAACUUAAUAUUACCACUUGAUUUUACACUCAAUGUUUUUAAUGAUCUGUAUGUUAUCAUUUUUAGAGAAAAAAUCUCAGAUUUAUUUAUAUGAAAGUAUUAUAUUUCUCGGUAACGUUUUCUCCUCUUCUUAGAAUUCUCGAUUUUACAUAACUCCCAAUAUUUUUAUAAAAAGGCAAAGUACAUAUUAAAUAUAUAAUAUAACAUAUUCUUUUCUUUUUUACAUAUCUUGUAUAUAUCUUAUAUAUAUCUCAAAUAUAUUAAAUUUUUUUUUAAUUAAUAAUAUAUAUUUUAUAUUCUCAAAGCUAAAGUGAAGAAUUUGAUGAAAUGUGAAGAAUAAUGUGAUUGAUAUGUCAUUCUACUCGCAAAUAAUCAUAUUGGCUGUUGAAUGUAAUAAACCCAUGACUUUUCACUAAAUAGGCUUUAAUAAUUAUUUAUUUUAUAGAUUUAAUCUCUCUUUUUAUGGAAACUUUAAGGAUACUAUAAAAUAUCAAAAAAACAGUAAACUAUUUUUAGUAUCUUCUUUUAUAUAUAUCUACGAAUUAUAUAUUAUCAUAAGUAACAAAUAUAUGUUUUUAAUGCAUGGUAUAUGUAUAUACCCAGAUAGAGCAAAAGUAAUCAUUUUGGUGUAAUUUGGCGUCAAAAUGACUACUUUUGCUAUCUGUGUAUGUGUGUGUGUGUGUGUGUAUGUGUAUAUAUAUGUAUAUAUACAUAUAUAUAUAUACAGAAAAUGCAUAUAAUUUAAAAGCAAUUUUUAUUAUACAAAUGAAGUAUACAAAUACAUAUACUUUCUAGCUUUAUCGAUUCUCUAUUUGAUAAAAUUGCUAUUAUAUUUAUAUUGCAUUUAUUUAUAUUUUAUAUACAUACACCAUAAACCAAAAAACUCCUGGUGCACUAAUAAAUUCUCUUAAAAUCAUCUUAAUGCCUGAUAUUCUUUGUAGAUAUAAUCUAUUUUUUUAUGCAUAUAUCUUAAAAAGUAUAGAUAAUUUGAUGAAAAAUCCUAAAGACUGUAUAUUAAUUGAAUUUUAUUUUAUAAGUGAUAAGUUUUAUAAUUGAAUGUAUGUGUGUGUAAAUAGGUUUGUGAUAUAACAUUCAAGAGGCAUGUAAUUAACAAUAUAAUGUACACUGUACACACAUUAUAAACUUUAUUUAAACGAUAGGUAUAAAUAGUAAAUAUGUAAAAUAACCGAGCAACAUUAAUUCCCUUAUUGCUGAGCCUUCCUUUUUUUCUAAAAAGUGAAUAAUUCGUUUUUAGAAAUAUUCUCAUAAUUGGUGCAUGAGAAAUUCUCUGGCUGACAGCAUCAACCCAUAUAUGUAUAAUAUAGUGUCGAUUCACGUUAUGUAAUAUUAUUUCUUAUAUUUCGAAGUGUUUUUUUUUUUUAACAAACCUAAUUUCUUUGUGGCCCCUGAUAUGAUGUAGUUAUCAAAUGUAAUUACUUUGAUAUAAAUGUCAAAUCUUUGGAUAUAUUUUAACUUAACGGGUAUGUAUAUAUAAAAGAGAAGUGAUUGUAUGUUUUUUUAUCUCGUGUAAAGAUCUCCAGCGUAUUUUUCGAUGGCAACAUAUUUUAAGAUCUCUAUACUUUGAUAUUAAAUCAUUUAAAAAUUUUGUAGAGAGCAAGCCACACACAUCUGUAUUUAAAAUGCUUAUAAACUCUUUUUUCAUAUGUAAAAAAUAUUAAUAUCGUAACAAAACUAUUUGCUAAACUGAGAUUGAGGACUAUGUACUUUUAUAGAGCCCGAUAUUGUAAUAUUAUUUUUAUCAUUCUUUUCACUAUUUUAUCUCUGAGAAAUAAAAAAAUAUGAAUUUAAAAUAUUAAGUUACUAUUAUAUAUAAUUCGCUAUAUCAUAACAAGAUUAUAUAGUAAUUACUCCUAUGAAUUAAUCAUACAUAAACUUUUUUCUAAUGUUAUACAAUUCUAUGAUCAGUUUUUGAAUUGAUAUUAAUGAGGCAAAAUAUUCUCUAUAAUUUAUAAACAAUUUUUGACUUAUUGUUGAUGUUAUAAAGUGAAAUCGUUCGUUCGUUUUUAACAAACAAAGAAAUAUAUAUAUAUUUAUUUAUAGCAUUUACUUUUUUCUUUCUUUCCUAUUUUUUCUGGAACGUAUAUUAUCUUUUUGAAAAACAAAUCUUUUUCUGUGUAUUGUUUCUUUUCUGUCAACAUUGGAAGGAGGUCAUAAAUUUUUUAGUUCUCAUAAAGCUUUUUUUUGUAGAAUAUUAAUGUGGAUACAUGGAAAAAAAAACCAUAUAAAACGCUCGACAUCAACUUGGAAUAUAUCAAACAUAUUUAUAUACAAAAAACUUCGUCAAUUAAUAUCAUAACAUUACAUUUCUUUAAUGAGAAAGCGGCUUCUGUUAAAAAGCCAAUGGUAAAACGUAACAAUUUAUCAUACUUGCGUUUAAAAGAAUAUAGAUAUAUAUUUUUUUAUAUAGUUAGUACAUAAUACGUAAUGACAUUGCUAUUUGAAAUAUUGUGAAAAAAUGCAGAGAUGAGAGAUGAGAUUGUACAAAUACAUGGCCAUAGAGUGCUAAUUAAUAUAGCUAAUAUAUUCUGGAAAACAGUACUUUCGCCUGAUUAUGAUUUUUACACAGGUAAUGUCUUCAAUUUUACGUCUAUCUUUCUGAAGUGAAAUACUUAAUAUUAAUAGUACAGAUGAUGAAAAAGUUUUAUGCAAACGCUUACGUCUGAAAAGUCUCUAGUCAAGAAAAGAAAUCCAUGAUUAUUUAUAUAAUUAAAAUGUUUUUCUAUAACAGUCUAAUUCGCUAAUAUAUCGUGGAAUGUGUAAACAAGAUAUCAAUUUAUGUCUCAUCAGUAUUAUUUACUUGAAAUUCAAUUUGAUUUAUAAUUAUAUCAACACUUUGAACACUUGUAAACUUCUAUGAAUCAAAUACGAAACUGAAGUAUUCUUACUAAUCUUAUGCUAUAGAUUAUGCUAUGAGAAAUGAAACAUUCACAGAAACACUUAUCUCAUUCGUGAAAUGCCGUUUAAUGGUCUGAUUGUUGCGACCUAAUACUAUAAUAUGCUUUAUUAUCCGAUACUCACUUAAAUAGUAAAAAAUAUUGGCAGAUUUAAUAUUGUUA